AGCUCGGCCCUGCGGCUGAGGCGGCAGCAGCGGCGUCGGCGGCCGCCGCCUCGUCCUCGUCCUCGGCUCGGUCCUUGUCGGGGGCCUGGGCCCGUGGCCCCUCCUCGGCCUCGCCUGGGCCGCCGUCGCCACGUCCCCUCCAUCCCCCCGCGGACCCGAGGCGGGCACGGCCGCGGCAUGUGGCGCUGGGUCCGGCAGCAGCUGGGCCUUAGAAAAAGCCAGAAAAGUUUCCUUUAUCCGUCCAUCUCCUCACCAAGUUAUCAGGGUUUUGACCCACCACAUCAAAGUGACACAAGAACAAUUUACAUAGCAAAUAGAUUUCCUCAGAAUGGCCUUUAUACUCCUCAGAAAUUUAUAGAUAACCGAAUCAUAUCAUCUAAGUAUACAGUGUGGAAUUUUGUUCCAAAAAAUUUAUUUGAACAAUUCAGAAGAGUAGCAAACUUUUACUUUCUUAUUAUCUUUUUGGUCCAGCUUAUGAUUGAUACUCCCACAAGUCCUGUUACUAGUGGACUUCCAUUAUUCUUUGUGAUAACCGUAACAGCCAUAAAGCAGGGAUAUGAAGACUGGUUACGACACAAAUCGGAUAAUGAAGUCAAUGGAGCACCUGUUUAUGUUGUUCGUAGUGGUGGCCUUGUGAAAACUAGAUCAAAAAACAUCCGGGUAGGGGAUAUUGUCAGAAUUGCCAAAGAUGAGAUUUUUCCUGCUGAUUUGGUGCUUCUGUCUUCCGACAGAGUAGAUGGUUCAUGCCAUGUUACAACAGCUAGUCUAGAUGGAGAAACUAAUCUCAAGACACAUGUGGCAGUUCCAGAAACAGCAGUAUUGCAAACUGUUGCCAAGUUGGACACACUCAUAGCUGUGAUAGAAUGUCAGCAACCAGAAGCCGACUUAUACAGAUUCAUUGGAAGAAUGAUACUGAAUCAACAAAUGGAAGAAAUUGUAAGACCUCUUGGGCCAGAAAGUCUCUUGCUUCGUGGAGCCAGAUUAAAGAACACAAAAGAAAUUUUUGGUGUUGCAAUAUAUACAGGAAUGGAAACUAAGAUGGCAUUAAAUUAUAAGAGCAAGUCACAGAAGCGAUCAGCAGUAGAGAAGUCAAUGAAUACCUUUUUGAUAAUAUAUCUCAUAAUCCUUAUUUCUGAAGCCAUCAUCAGUACAAUAUUGAAAUAUACAUGGCAAGCAGAAGAAAAAUGGGAUGAACCUUGGUAUAAUCAGAAAACAGAGCAUCAGCGAAAUAGCAGUAAGAUUCUGAGGUUUAUUUCUGACUUCCUUGCUUUCUUGGUGCUCUACAAUUUUAUCAUUCCAAUUUCGCUCUAUGUGACAGUCGAGAUGCAAAAAUUCCUUGGCUCAUUUUUUAUUGGCUGGGAUCUUGAUCUUUAUCAUGAAGAAACAGAUCAGAAAGCACAAGUCAAUACUUCAGAUCUAAAUGAAGAGCUGGGACAGGUGGAAUAUGUGUUUACAGAUAAAACUGGAACUCUAACUGAAAAUGAGAUGCAGUUUCGAGAGUGUUCGAUUAAUGGCAUAAAAUAUCAAGAAAUAAAUGGCAGACUGGUACCAGAGGGACCCACACCAGAAUCCUCAGAAGGUUUAGCAUACUUUAGAAGCUUAGCCCAUCUCAGCACCUCAGCCCAUCUUGCAAUUGGUUCUGAAACUGAAACUGAACUAAUCAAAGAACAAGAUCUCUUCUUUAAAGCAGUUGGUCUCUGUCAUACGGUGCAGAUUAGUAGUGGUCAAUCUGAAGGUCUUGGGGAUGGCCCCUGGCACCCCAAUGCAAUAUCCUCACAGUUGGAGUACUAUGCUUCUUCCCCAGAUGAAAAGGCCUUAGUUGAGGCUGCUGCGAGAAUUGGUGUCGUAUUUAUGGGCAGCACUGAAGAAACUAUGGAAAUUAAAACCCUUGGAAAAGUUGAAAGGUACAAAUUGCUUCAUGUUCUGGAAUUUGAUUCAGAUCGUAGACGCAUGAGUGUGAUUGUACAAUCUCCUUCAGGUGAGAGACUCUUGUUUUCUAAAGGAGCGGAGUCUUCAAUUCUUCCAAACUGUAUUGGUGGUGAAAUAGAGAAAACAAGAAUUCAUGUAGAUGAAUUUGCUUUGAAAGGGCUAAGGACUCUAUGUGUAGCGUACCGACAGUUCACGCCUGAAGAAUUUGAGGAAGUGGACAGACGGCUUUUUGAAGCCAGGACGGCCUUGCAGCAGCGGGAAGAGAAGCUGACAGAGGCCUUUCACUGGAUAGAGAGAGAGCUGCUGUUACUCGGGGCAACAGGCGUGGAGGACAGGCUUCAAGAUAAAGUGAGAGAGACCAUUGAAGCCUUACGUAUGGCGGGCAUCAAAAUCUGGGUGCUUACUGGAGAUAAGCACGAGACCGCCAUCAGCGUGAGUCUAUCGUGUGGACAUUUUCAUAGAACCAUGAACAUCCUUGAACUGGUCAACCAAAAAUCAGACAGUGAAUGUGCGGAGCAGCUGCGGCGACUGGCCAGAAGAAUCACUGAAGACCAUGUGAUCCAGCAUGGACUGGUGGUAGAUGGGAGCAGCCUUUCUCUGGCCCUGAGGGAGCACGAGAAGAUCUUCAUGGACGUGUGUAAAAGCUGCUGCGCCGUGCUCUGCUGCCGCAUGGCCCCGCUCCAGAAGGCAAAGGUAAUAAGACUGAUAAAAAUCUCUCCAGAAAAACCUAUAACGUUGGCUGUUGGUGAUGGUGCUAAUGAUGUAAGCAUGAUACAAGAAGCGCAUGUUGGCAUAGGAAUUAUGGGAAAAGAAGGAAGACAGGCUGCACGAAACAGUGAUUAUGCAAUUGCAAGAUUUAAAUUCCUCUCGAAAUUGCUUUUUGUCCAUGGCCAUUUUUAUUAUAUUAGAAUAGCAACCCUUGUACAAUACUUUUUUUAUAAGAAUGUGUGUUUUAUCACACCCCAGUUUUUAUAUCAGUUCUAUUGUUUGUUUUCACAACAAACACUGUAUGACAGCGUGUACCUGACUUUAUACAAUAUCUGUUUCACUUCCUUACCUAUUCUGAUAUAUAGUCUUUUGGAACAGCACGUACAUCCUCAUGUCUUACAGAACAAACCUACUCUAUAUCGGGACAUAAGUAAAAAUAGUCACUUGAGCAUUAAAAAAUUUCUUUAUUGGACAGUCCUCGGUUUCAGCCAUGCCUUCAUUUUCUUUUUUGGAUGUUAUUUUCUUAUAUGGAAAGAUGUAUCUCUACUUGGAAAUGGCCAGAUGUUUGGAAAUUGGACAUUUGGAACAUUAGUCUUCACAGUAAUGGUAAUUACAGUCACAGUAAAGAUGGCAUUGGAGACUCAUUUCUGGACUUGGAUAAAUCAUGUUGUUACCUGGGGGUCCAUUGUAUUUUACUUUGCAUUCUCUUUGUUUUAUGGAGGAAUUUUCUGGCCAUUUCUGGAUAUAUACUUUGUAUUCAUUCAACUUCUAUCAAGUGGUUCUGCCUGGUUUGCCAUAAUCCUUAUAGUGGUUACUUGCCUAUUUCUUGAUGUUGUGAAAAAAGUGUUUGAUCGACAGCUACAUCCCACAAGUACUGAGAAGGCCCAGCUUACUGAAACAAAUCCCGGGGUCAAGUGCUUGGACUCCAUAUGCUGUUUCUCAGAGGGGCAAGCAGCGUGUGCAUCUUUUGGACGGAUGCUGGACCGAGUGAUGGGGAGCUGUAGCCCGGCCCAGGUUAACAGGAUAAGUGAUUGAUACAGCUUCAGGAGAAAUGUUGGCUUUGGUUGUGAACAGUCUCCUAAGGAAAGGUGGUCUCAUCGCCCUGACUUUGCCCUAAGGCACUUAGACUCUUAUUGCAGGUUCUUCCCUUCCCACCUCCCCACCCCCCAGUGGAGCAUCUUGUUCUACAUUUAUUGGAUGAUUAAAAUAUUUGAUAGAAUACUUAAUCACUGAUUUUGUCCAGUUUCUCAGGUUACUUGUAAAUUAACUUCUGCCAUAGUCCCCUUUCCUUAUCCUUCCCUAUCUAUACUGGAGCCAAAAUUUGCUGAAUAAUGUUAAAACCUUAAGAGAUCUGUUGAGACUGGAUUUUGCUGAGUAGGUCAAGGAAAACAAUAUGCAAACUUUUCUGGUGCUAAUCAAAGGGCUAUGUGGAGAUUGCCAUUGAUCAGUUUACAGGAUACUUAAAUCUUCAGUUUAAUCAAACUGCUGAAUUUGAACAAUUAGAGUAAAUCAGUGACAGCUAAAAUACAGGCUUGGCUUUUCUAUCUCAUUCCAGAUUGAUUCCUCUGUUCAGUAUUUUUACUUCUUGUAGAACUCAGCAAUCAAAAGGUGGUGGUUGUGGGGAAGGGGAGAGAUGUUUGUUUUAUGAGUGUAAUGUAUUCAGUGGAACAGGAAAGCGUGCCGAAUAGGGAGGUACUUUAAUUUUCCAAAUCCAUCAUGGAUCAGACUGAAGUUUCAUCACCACUAUUCUCUUGGCACUUGGCUCAAUAUCUGGUCAUCCAGGGAACAUCUCCUCGGGCCGUGUUUGGUCCCAUGGAGAUGGCGGGGUUCCUUCCACUAGGACAGAUACGGAAUGCCACGACAAUGGACUGAUCAGACUGUGUCGGUGUUUGUCUUCGUAUCGUCUCAGAGAAUGUGUCCUGUUUGUCUGUUUUUCAGGCUUUUGUAAAGGAUAAAUGUAAACAAGACAAAUGAUAAAAUAUUUUGAUCUUCACCUGUAGUGAAGGCUAAAUGCUAUUCUACAUACAGGAAGAAAUAGCUUUCAUUUCCAUGGGCAUCCUCAUCCUGGAGGAGACUUCAGAGCCCUUUAUCCUGAGCCUGGGAAAUUUUCUGCCCAAUUUUGUGUCAGUCUGUCCCAAAGAACGGGAUGUGUCUCAGAGGCAGGACUGGAACCCAGGUCUUCUGAUUCCAAGCUUGGCCCUCCAUCUAUCAUGUCACUUUGCCUCCAUUGCCUUAGAUGUUUUAAAAGGAAAAAAGAAGUUGGUGGCCUAGAUGUUUUUAGCAAAUAGUUUAAAUUGUGUAUCUGCUAAUUAACCACAUAUACUCCAUCUUCCAACCUAGGGCCAGAUCCUAUUGAUGAAAAGGAAGCAAAUAGCUGUUUUUUAAAAUUGUAUGAACUUCAGUGUGCUCAAGGAUCCCAUCUGAGUCGCCCUUUGUCCGAGGAGGAGGACCACCUUGCCCCCUCUGGUUUGUUCCAGCUGGGGUCCCUUCUCUGAUCUCCUUCCUGAUCCCAUGUCCAGCCUGCCCCCAAAGGGCAGAACAAAAACUGAGAAUGAACGAGCCAAAAUUCAAUUUGCUAGCAACGUAAACUUAGGCUUUAAUUUUUCAAUCUCUCUCUCUCAAAACUAAGGUUCCCCAGAGUCAGCCAAACUUGUCUCUUAUUGUUACUGUAGAUCAUGGAGCCCAUCGGACCCCUUCUGUACCAACGACAGGAGCAUCCUGACCCUCUCCACAAUGGAUUCAUCUGCUUGUUAAAGGAACAGUAGCACUUGUGGGCAGCCUUUUCAGUCUUUUCCCGAAAGUUCAGUGGGAUUCUUCGGUUAGUGACCAUUAGUUCAGCCAAACUUCUUCCUGAAACCAAUGGAAUAGGGCACACCUUACUCAAGUUCAAGAGAAGAGAAAAAAAAUAUUGUAGAGAAGCAAAUUCCUUAAUUUACGGUUUUUCCCAAUUCUCCUCCCAAACAUGCUAAAUCCUAUCCUAGUUUAAUUGCUGCCUUACAGGUUAAUUGGAAUCCUAAGAACCAAAUGGCAUUUCAGCUGUUGCUGGGGACACAGUUUAGCUAACAAGGUGGAAAAGGGAGAGAGCGUCUGUUUACAUGUUAAAAUAUUAAAUAAAUCAUUAGCUAGGGCCCAUCGCCAUUUAAAGCUGCUUUUGUAAAUUGUGCUGAAAAGUUUGCCUUAAAAACUCUAUUUUUUUAUUCUAUAUUUUUUAUUCUAUUGAAGCUUCUUGUGGCUGAAGUUUUAGCCACAUUUGAGUAAGGUUCCCCUUUCUCAGAACUUCCCAUGACCCAUGUUAUUACUUUAUUGAUUUUUGUAAAGUUCAUGGGACAGGAUUUUUAAGGAAAGAAAACCAAUCCAUUAUUUGUCUGCCUCUGUGCUGACAGUAUAUAUGAACUCACACAACCUCUUAAAAACUGGUAGCAACAGAACCAGGAAAGUUCACAAACUAUGAGACCAGAGACGUAGAAAAUUCUUGUUCUAAUUAAAACAAAAAUCAGCCUUUCAUUUCCUUUUUACCAUUUACUAGGGAGCUUUUGUGACAAAAUAUGAAGAAAAGUGCCAUUUCAUUAAGCAUAGGCAUUAUCUCAUAACUUUGUCAUUGUCAUUAAUGGAUUUUUUUGCAUGUUUUAGUCCAGUUAAUGUAUUUCAAUUUGGUCUUGCUGUAUUUUAAAAACUUAAGCCUUUUUUCUGCCCUUCAUUAAUUUAAAGACUUGAUCAUUCGUUUUGUGACAAUGUUGUAAAUACAGAUGUAUGAAAUAAAAGAACAGAAAUAAGCUUGGACAGUAUUAUAAAUACUUUUAGGUACUUUUCAUGAUAAAAUUCAAGGUCAUCUAAAUCUGAGUAUGGCUGGGCCAGCCAGCCUUGUAGCGCCAUACUGGUCUUGGGGGUCAUGCUCGUCUCUUCGGUUCCUUUGGGAAAUUUUUUUUAAACUAGGGCCACUUUCUUGGCUCCACUGUACUGCCAUCAGACUUGACAAGCUGCAUGGGGAAAUGAAAUCCAGCCAUUGUUUCUUUUUAAAUAAAUAUUUGGUCUUGGCUUUGUUUCCUCCCCCACAAGCCCCACCCCCUCCAGUGAAGUAGUAUUAACCUGAGACAUUGCAAUAGAUAUGAAAUGAACUCUGUUGCCUGAUAAGAAUGCUAGAUUUUCUGGAUCAAAGGUUAAGAUGCAAAGUUUAAUUGGUUAUUUGUGACUAAUUUGCUGAGUUUCAGUCCUUAAAAGUAAUUUUUCGUCCAAAUGUUCAAGGUUGUAAUUUGAUUGCUCUCGGUUAUAGUUCAUUUCUUUGAAGUGAAUUCAUACUUUGAAGAUGUGAAAGUGUUCAUUAUGAAGAUUAGGGGAAAAAACCCAGCCUUAAACAUGUAACAUCUGACUGUAUUAGCACAGUAAUGAGAGCGAACGAAAAAAUCUAACUUCAAAAUCUGCAUUCCUUUCCCAUAUUUGGCCAAAUAAAUAAUUUCAUUCAUUUAUGGGAAGUUAAGAGAGAUUUGGAGAUUGGGAGUACAAACAAGAAUUCAACCUCUAGCUCCUAGUAAAAGUUCCUGAUUAAUGGAACACUUCUGUCUUUCGGUAAUAAGAAUAUCAAUGCAUUCUUGCUGGAUUUUACCUUCUUAACUUUUAAACAUUUUCCUAUCAAAUCUCUUUUCAAAGAGGAAUAUUACUCUGAAAAUGGGGGUCGUAAGAAAAGUCAGAUAAUAUGCAAAAAGAAGCUUUGAGCACCUGAAUUUCCAGAAGAGGGUGACACACGCACACUUAACUUUUAAGAUAGUUAGUUUGCUUUUUUAUCCAGUAAAGUCUAAUAUAACAAAAGGACAUGUGAGAUUUACUGCAUCUGCCUUGGAGUGAAAAGUGCCCCCAGAGGCAGGAGGAGUCUGUGCCUCUGUAGCUGGACCACAAGCCAUCAGAAUGAGAACCCUACUCGGGGCUCCCUGCAGUGGUAGCUUGGAGUUGAUGUGAUGUUCAGUCAAAAUGAAAAAAAGAGGAUUUUGUGGAUUCACUUUUUGAAACAUAAGUGAAACAAAUCUUGAUAUCAACCAGAUGGACUAUUACUUUGUAAGAUAACACCCAAGAUCUUUCUGUCAUCAUUGCUACUGUUGGUCCAUGUGUUUUUUAAAAAGCCUACCUAUAUACUCAAGCUAGAUUAAGUUGAAAAAAGUUUUAAAAUUUAGGAUAUUGUAGUAUGAUAGUCUACUGAGCAUGAAAUGACUUACCUUUAGGAAAAAACUGUUUUCUAGUGCUGAAAUUUGUAUCAUAGGACUUAAUGUGACCAAGAUAAUUUAUAGAAGUAUUUCCACUAAAACUCUUACUGCGUUGUGUACUCUUUUGGAAAUACGCUACUACAGAUAAUUAACCCAAUUGUUUCUGCCAACAAAAUAAAAUACAUAGUAUCCAUCUUCAACUUCAUAUUUUUUCCUUAGAAUUAGCUUGUUUAAAAUAAUGGCCUGCAUGUCUGCCCAGCUAGAAAACAAGUCAGUUCACCUAUGAAAGAUUCCUAGCAAUUGCUUUUAGAUGCAGAAUAUUGCCUCAGUUUUUAAUGGAGGCAAGGCGGGAAAGGAAAUUUGGGCCCCCAAAAAGCAGAUGGUCUCCCAAAAAUUCUCCUUUUGGAAAUUUUGAAGAUAUUAAGACUGAAUGCUCUCAAACUGAUCAGCCUCUCUCAGGCUGUCUCAUUCCUGCAGCUGACUGCAUUAGGGUCAUCCCAGAAAUCCCCAAGCCGCGGGAGCCCACCAGGACACAUCAUCUCAAAUUCACUGAGUUGCCACUGCUACAGUGACCAUUUGCCCUGCCAUAACCACACUGGGGCUCAUGCUGGAUUGGACCAGUCUAUAAAAGGAGCAGGGAGAGACACAGUCACAGUCACCGAGAAACAUUGCCAUAGAUCAAAAUUUUCCAAGUUCCUCCCUCUUUGAAGAGAUGGGAGUUGCAGUUUAAAGUACUACACAUACUGUUCAGUAUGAUUAAUGACAGACUCAAGGUUUGGAGUUUUGUUAAACUAUUUUUUUCUUUUUAGAAAUCAUUAUUAGGGAAAGUUCCUUAAGUUGGAGAGAGCAAAAAGACUGAAUGACAAAAUAACAAAAGUUCCAAUUUCAGCUGGAGAUGCUUUUUCCUCUUUAUGAUUUUUGUUAGUGAACAUUCAAGCAUCCGAGGAGAAAGUGAGGAAGGAUUGACUUCAAGAAUAAGGCAUCCAUGAAACAGACACCAAAGAGAUUUGAACCAUGUUUAAUUUUAGUCCCAUUUGUGCAUAUUUCAUUUACAUCUUGAAAUGAGGUAAUCCUCUAUUUUCACAAGAAAAAGCCGUUAGCAAAAUAUGAUUUUAUUUUGGAAAAACGUGAAGGAUAUUACUACAAAAAUAAUAUCUUAAUGACACAUUUAUCAUAAUGAUGAAUGUUUGCUUUUAAGGGGCAUUAGCAGCUGGACACUGUAGCAAUAUGUAGUUCAAAUGUUGGACCUCAGACACUGUGGUUAUGUAAUGAAAUCCUUUUUAAUAUUUUCUGUACAUUGUCAAUGCAACUUGCUUUACUGUACAGCUGUCAGUAAAUGUUUUUUUAGAAAUUUGCCAGAUUAUAUUUAUUGAAUAAAACUUUCCCAUUUAGCUAAAA